GUUAGGGGUGUAAACAGACAGAGAUGAAGAGCGAGAGAGAGAGUAAUGGCAGUGGAUGUAGAGGAGGUCAAAGGGUAGGACUCGUGGGAGGGCUCCAAUCGUUCGGUGCGUUUCUGAAUACUGAUGGUCCAUUGCCGGACUGACCAAAGAAAAAUUGAUUCACUCCUCCAGUAUAUACAAAGAGUAAAGGGAACAAAAGCGGCUUAUAAUUGAAAGCAAGCGCUUUACUUUGAGAUUAACCGACAGACUGACAAAGGGAGAUAGAAAAACACAGAAGAGGUGCACUGACAGAGAGAAAGCAGUUAAUGUCUCAGUGUGUGAAUAGCUCAUGGACGGGGUCUGUCUUUGUCCCAUCCUCUGUCCCUCAUGCUUUCCGCUCUCAUCUUACUUCAUCUGCUGACCUCAGCAUAGCUAUCGUCCUCAUCAUCACAGGUGUGGUGUCAGUGGUUGGGAAUGGACUGGUGUUGUUAGUUUAUGGUCAGAGGAGAAAAAAGCUCAGAGCCCAUGAGCUGAUGACAGUCAAUCUAGCUUUGUGUGAUUUUGGCUACAGCCUGUUAGGAGCGCCGUGUAUUAUUACCUCAAGUCUGUCUCAUGCAUGGAUUUUUGGAGAAGCAGGAUGUCUGUGGUACGGGUUCCAGGGAUUUGUUUUUGGGAUUGGAUCCCUCAUUACCACCAGCCUUAUUUCCCUCGACCGCUGUUUUAAGAUCUGUAGCUUUCAAUAUGGUCAGUGGCUUGAAAAAAGACACGCCUCUCUAUCAAUUUCUCUAGUGUGGCUCUAUACAGUAUUCUGGGCUUCUCUACCUGUCUUUGGCUUUGGUAGUUAUGGCCCUGAACCAUUUGGAAUCAGCUGCACCAUAAACUGGUGGAGGAUGAAGUCUUCUCUGAAUGACAGAGUCUAUAUUUUUCUGAUCCUGACACUCUGCUUUGGAGUUCCCACCCUCACCAUCAUCACCUCAUAUGCUGCCAUCAUCAUAAAGGUGUAUCGGUCUGGUCGCAUAUUGGCCUCAAUUCCUUCAUCCAAUGUCACUCACAGCAACAAAGAUAUUCGGCUGACAAAGAUAGCAGCAGUGGUGUGUUCCUCAUUUCUCAUCGCCUGGACUCCCUAUGCAAUUAUUUCUCUUUAUUCUGCUCUGACUGCCAAAGAGGAGCAUCCUGGAGAAGACGGGGGAACAGCCCUCUCAGCUGGAAUAUCAGAAACGGGGUACGAUCACGGUCGACAGCUUUCUGACGUCUUUGGUUUUCCUUUCCUCGUCAACUGGACCUCACCAGAACACUUUGGAGAUGCUUUUGGUACCUGGAGGAAUGUGACUCCCGGUCAAUCUCAGUCUUCAUUAGGACAUGGACCCAAAUCAGCGUUGGAUUCUGUACCUGGAGGAAUGGAUAAGUCACAUUAUGUUUCCAGCCUGAGUCCUGAGGUCACUCUGAUACCUACCAUUUUUGCAAAGUCACACUGCAUGAUAAACCCCUUCAUCUACCAGAUCAUGAACCGAGAUUUCAGAGAGGACAUUUAUGAUCUCCUGCGCUGGAGAGUGAAAGAUGAAGAGAGGAGGAGCUCAGAUGGAAGUGAUUCGGAGGGGCAUCGUGGGAGCAUCAGUCUUUCUUACAUUUACAGCUGGAAAAGGAGAAGCACAUCUACCAGUCAGGCACCCGGCGAGCGUGUGAAAAAAGAAUCUUCACGAAAGAGUAAAGGGAAGAGAGGGUCUUCUAAGGGGAAUGUCCCAGAUGGGUGGGCAUCCCUGGAGACUGUGACCUUAGACACACACUCCAAUCUGGAAAGAGAGAAAGGGAAUGAGGCAGAAAGAGAGAAGUAAAGUACAUGUAACAGUGAUGACAGUUCAUGCCAAACACCAUGUAGUUCAUUAUUCAGUUGGUUAACUCAUUUCCAUUUCCAGCAUUUGACAUAUGCUUUUAUCCAAAACGAAAACAAGUAAAUCUAUUUUUUUAGCAUAACUAACAAAUGUAUGUUACGUUUGUAGUAGGAAAAGUUAAUCUCAACAUCAAAAUUGUGUUA